AAAAAGUAGUCACAAUUGCUUUUAUUUCUCUUUAUGUUAAUUCUUACUAAUAACCAAAACCUCAUCAGACCAUCAACAAAAAUGGCCGAAUAUGUUGCCCCUGCUGCUGUCGAAAUUGUGGCAGACCAGGCAAAGGAAUACGCAUCACCCUAUCUCCGUUACUUUUUCCGUUAUGGAGAGAUUGUUGAAGAUUUCAAGAAUCAACGAGAAGCACUUGAAUUGAAGAAAGAGAGGGUGAAAAUUUGUGUCGAUGAGGCUGAAAGGCAAAAUGAGCUCAUCCAUAAGGACGUUGACAACUGGCUUACAAGCGCUGAGAAAGAACUGAAAGAAACCCAGAACUUGAAAGAUGAGAUAGAUCGCGUCAAGUGUUUCAAAUGGUGUCCUAAAUGGGGCUGGCGAUAUUCCUUAAGUAAGAAACUGGCAGAGAAGAUUCCUAUUAUCUCUAAACUUUUAGAGACUUCUAACUUUGCACAGGUGGGCUACUGUCGUCCUCUUCAAGGAAUAGAGUUCAUCACAUCCACUGAUUUCAUGGACUCUGAAUCUUCAAAAUCAGCUUUCAAGCAGAUCAUGGAGGCUAUAAAUGCUAAGGGUGUCAACAUGAUCGGACUGCACGGAAUGCCAGGAGUUGGUAAAACAACUUUAGCCAAAGAAGUUGGGAAGCAUGCUGGAGAACAAAAGUUGUUUGAUAAAGUUGUGAUGUUUACUAUGUCCCAAAAUCCAGAAAUCAACAAAAUUCAAGAUAAAGUUGCAGAUAUUUUUCGUUUAAAAUUUGAAACAAGUAGCCAAGGAGGAAGAGCAGAAGAGUUAUUCAGGAGUAUGAAACGCGUGAACAAAAUCCUCGUAAUAGUCAACGACCUCUGGGAAGAACUCAAAAUGGAGAGUAUCGGAAUUCCAUUCGGUGAUGACCACGAGGGUUGUAAAAUUCUUCUGACUACACGUCGUCAACAAGUCUGCACUAUAAUGAACUGUAAGGAAAUUCAACUUCGCAUCUUAUCCGAAGAGGAAGCAUGGGUUUUAUUUCGAGAUAAAGCUGGUUUAGAAGAUGUUAGUUCCACCGUGAAUGAUGUAGCCAAAGAGGUUGCUGCUCAAUGUAAGGGAUUGCCUCUUGCAAUUGUUGUCGUGGCCAAAGCUUUAAAAGGUGAGAGUUUAAAUGGGUGGAGAGACGCAAAUCAGAGAUUCAAGGACUCAACGCAUUUGCAUGAUGAAGAAGUCCUCUGGGGUGUCCGCCAGCCUCUUAAGCUUAGCUACGAUUACUUGAAGAAAGGCAUUAACCAAAUGACGGAAAAUGACAUCCAAAUGUGUUUCUUACUGUGUUCCCUUUUUCCUGAAGAUGAAGAAAUCCGUAUUGAGAUAUUGAUUAUGUGCGGAAUUGGAGUAGGAUUGUUCCCUAAUUUUCACUCGAUUGAAGGAAAAAGGAAGAAAAUUGUUGAAGCACUAAAAAAACUCCAAAAAUCUGGCUUGUUAUUGGAAACUGAUGGUGCAGAUACGAUUAGAAUCCAUGAUGUGAUUCGAGAUUUUGCUCAUUGGCUAACAUCAACGGGAGAAAAUAGGUUCAUGGUAAAAGAUACGUUGAAAGAAUGGGCUCAUAUGGAUGACAGUUAUACUGCAAUUGCUUUAUGGAAUUGUAGUAGUAUCAUAAAACUUUUUCCUGAUAAAGUGGAAUUUUCAAAGCUCAAAACUUUGUUUUUAGAGGGUGAGAGGAAAAGGAAGCGAGAUGAUUUCCUAGUGGUUUUCGGCACAUUUUUUGAAGAAAUGAAAGCCCUCCAAGUUUUACUUCUCCGACGUGUCAGUUUCUCACCCAUAGGAUUCCAUUCAUUACCAAAUCUUAAAACUUUGUGUUGUGUGGAUUGCAUGCUGGAAAACUUCUCAUCAUCACUGACAAAUAUGAGAAGCCUCGAGAUUCUUGCAUUGAUUGGCACUAAGAUUGAUGGGAUAAAUGAAGAAUUAGUGAAGUUGUCUGCACUGAAAUAUUUACGUCUUUCUGGUGAUAGAUUUGAAGAAAUGAAUAUCCCCCCAAACUUGGUAUCAAGGUUGACUUCACUACAAGAGUUACAUGUCGUAACCAAAAGUAAUCUCAACUUAUUGGAGUUGAAGUCAUUGUCUCAUUUAACUGCACUAUCACUGAGACUUUCUACUAAUCAAAUUCCUCUAGAAGAUUUUGUGCUCCCUAAACUAGAAAGGUACGCUAUAGUUGGAGAAAAUUAUAGUGGCAAUCGGGAGUUGUUUAGAAGAUUGGAUAUUCAAGAUUUCUCAUCUUCAUUAAGUGCAUUUAACAAUUUAUUUUGCAAUGUGGAAGAGUUGAGUUUGAGGAAUGUUGGUGGACAAAAGAAUAUUGUGCCAAGCAUAGAUGAAAUGGGAGUAAAUGACUUGACUUCUCCUCGGCUAAAAUCUUGCAAUGAUAUGGAAUUCUUGAUUGAUACAAAAAAGGAUCAAGGGUCAACUGUUGCAUUCUCUAAUUUGGUGGAAUUAAAUAUAGAAAGGAUGGUUUCUUUGAAAGGGUUGUGCUAUGGUCUUUCUCCGACUAGGUUCUUGCAAAACCUUAAGCGAGUGAUCAUUAGAGAUUGUGAGGAGUUACAAGUGAUAUUUCAGAAACCAUUGCCCUCAAAUUUAACAAUAUUGAGCCUACAUUCAUUGCCGAAAUUGAAGAGGAUAUGGGAAGUAAAGCCACCCCAUCGUGCAAUUGCAAGCCUCCAAAGUCUAAAGGUUGUGAGCAUUGAAUCUUGUGAUAAUCUGAAAACAAUCUUCUCACCUUGCCUAGCUUUAAGUAUGUUGCAUCUACAAGAACUUUAUAUAAGGCACUGCGAUCGACUAGAGCAAGUCAUUGGUUUUGACCAAGAAGACGAGAUUAUUGAGAAUGACUCUCCUCUUUGUUGUUGGCCGAAAUUGAGGAUUCUUAGCAUAGAAUCCUGCCCAAAUUUGAAAUAUGUUUGUGCAAACACUUGGACUCAUGGGCUUCUUCAAUCCUUGGAAUCUGUUUACAUAAGAGAUUGUUCUCAACUUAUACAAGUCUUCAACAUGGAACAAAAUAAGCAUGCACAAGAUAAUGUGCUUCCUGCACUUGGAUCACAGAAUCAUUGCUGGACAAAACUGAAAACUCUCCGGAUAGAGGAUUGCCAACUAUUGAAAUAUGUGUUUGCAAACACUUUAUCUCAGGGAUUUCCAUUGUUGGAAUCUCUUCACCUAAAGAACUGCCCUCAACUACUACAAGUCUUCAGUUCGACAGAAGAAAGGGAUGUGAUUGGUGAUCACAUUCCACUUAAUGUGCCGUUUCUGAAAAUUUUAGAAGUGUCAAAUUGUCCCCAAAUCUCAUACUUCAUUGUACAAGCUCAGCUCAUAGAGAAAUUGGUUCUUCGUAACGUGGGAAAUAGCCGCCAAUUACGCAACACUGAUGUUCCUGUAUUGAAUGAAGGUUGUAUAGUAGUUGGGAAUCAUAAAGAAGUAUUUCAAGUUCAAGGCAGGUACUCGUUCUCAAGCAUAAAAAAUUUGAUGUUGGAGGAUUUAUUUGAAGUGCAGGUUAUAUGGAACGAAUAUGCUCAAGUUGUAACCCUUGAGAACCUUACAACUCUAACACUGAGAGAUUGCAAGAAGCUAAGAUAUAUAUUUUCACCUAUGAUGGCUCGCAGUUUAUCACAUUUGGUGGAUCUUUUCAUCCUAGGGUGUGAGGAAAUAGAACGACUCAUUUUAGCCAAGGAUCAAGUUUCUUCAUCAUCAUCAAAUGGUUAUACUAGCCUCCAACAUAUGAGCUUUCCAAAUUUGACUCGGAUCGUUGUUACAGAUUGUAAAAAUUUGAGCAGUCUCUUUCCUUUUGGAUUUGUUCCUAUUCUUCCAAAGCUUGAAAGGCUCAUAGUUGAAAAGAAUUCUAAAUUGGAACAAGUAUUUGAAUUAGAAGAAAAAGUGGAAGUGGUAGCUGAAGAGGAGAUGAAAUUUGAUAAAUUAAAAAGGUUAUCACUUGAAGAACUACCUAGCCUCAUUCACUUUUUUCCCAAAGGAUAUCAUUCUGUAUUCCUAGCAAUGAUAGAGUUGAAAGUAAGAGAUUGCCCUAAGUUGAAUACUAGUUUCUUCAUUGAUUCACAGGAAUUUGUACAUUGCAAAACAAAGGUACCUCUGUUGGUUGAGCAAGAUGCGGUUGAAGAGUCUACCACUGUUCGAAAUGCAAUUUUCAAUGAGAAUAUAGAUUGGAGACGAGCUGGGGGUGGGAGUCAACUACCACACAUUACAUGAAAGAAUGGAAGAUUAUAGGGUAGCUUUCAAAGCCAUGUUACAUCAGUAGGUGGAGCAAUGUUGCUCAGUUGUUUUUAGUGCGAUAGAACAUAACUUUUAGCAGUGCUUUUCCCACAAAUGCCGCUAAAGAACAUAACCUUUAAAAAAGUCAUUUUAAUUAAAUAAUAUUUAUUUAUAUGAUAAAA